GCAAUUCAACAUGUCAACAUAGGAUUUCAAGCGAUACAGUAAGUACAUGUCAUGUAAAAAAAAAUCCCUCUCAGCCACGAACACGACUGGACAUGAUGUCAAUCUCUUGUGAUGUUCUCAUCUUUGUAGCCGAACUUGCUGUCUGCAAGGAAGGGAGUCCGAAAUAUACACAAUACUGGUUGCAUUUGUGCAACAAGGGGAAGUUGUCUAACGUCGCCGUCCAGUUUCCUUCGCCAAAAUUAUCGGCAAAGUCUUUGGUAGUGAUAACCUGGCAGUCAGUCAAUAUUCCACCGGACCCUUGAAAAUCUGAGAUGAACACAAGGCCUUGCGAGUUGUGCGAAGCAUAGGAAGGUUGC